AUGAUGGAGUCCGGGGUUCCCAUUUGCCAUACCUGCGGUGAGCAGGUGGGGCUCAAUGCCAAUGGAGAGCAUUUUGUGGGCUGCCAUGACUGCAAUUUCCCCAUUUGCAGAGCUUGUUUCGAAUCUGAGUUCAAGGAGGGUCGGAAAGCUUGCUUCCGGUGUGGUUCUCCCUUUGAUGAGAACUUGUUGGAUGAUACGGAAGAAAAAUCUGUCAGUCGAUCUGCAGUGGCAGCUCACGUCAAUGAUUCUCAGGAUGUUGGAAUUCAUGCUAGACACAUCAGUAGUGUGUCUACCGUUGAUAGUGAAAUGAACGAUGAAUAUGGGAAUCCAAUCUGGAAGAAUAGGGUUGAAAGCUGGAAGGAUAAAAAGAACAAGAAGAAAAAAGCUGCAACUAAGACUGAAAAGGUGGCAGAAAUUCCACCUGAGCAACAGAUGGAAGAGAAGCAGUCCCAAGAGGCAGCGGCAGCGCAGCCACUUUCAACUGUCAUUCCACUUCCUAAGAACAAAAUCACGCCAUACAGAUUUGUAAUUGUCAUGCGAUUGAUCAUUCUGGCCCUCUUCUUCCAUUACAGAAUAACAAAUCCUGUUGAUAGUGCUUAUGGUUUGUGGCUUACUUCUGUAAUAUGUGAGAUAUGGUUUGCUGUAUCUUGGGUGCUGGAUCAGUUUCCCAAAUGGUCUCCCGUAAGCAGAAUAACAUAUAUCGACAUGCUUUCUGCAAGGUAUGAGAGAGAGGGUGAACCGAGUGAGCUUGCUGCUGUGGAUUUCUUUGUGAGUACAGUUGAUCCACUGAAAGAACCACCUCUCAUCACUUCCAAUACUGUGCUUUCCAUCCUUGCUCUCGACUACCCUGUGGACAAAGUCUCCUGCUAUGUAUCUGAUGAUGGUGCCGCCAUGCUUUCAUUUGAAUCUCUUGUAGAAACAGCUGACUUUGCAAGGAAAUGGGUUCCAUUUUGCAAAAAAUUUUCAAUUGAACCCCGGGCACCUGAGUUUUAUUUUUCACAGAAGAUUGAUUACUUGAAGGAUAAAGUGCAGCCUUCGUUUGUUAAAGAACGUAGAGCAAUGAAGAGAGAUUAUGAGGAAUUUAAAAUAAGAAUCAAUGCGUUGGUAGCAAAGGCUCAGAAACCUUCUGAAGAUGGAUGGAUAAUGCAAGAUGGAACAUCCUGGCCAGGAAAUAAUACUCGUGACCACCCUGGCAUGAUUCAGGUUUUUCUUGGGCAUAGUGGUGCCCGUGACAUGGAGGGAAAUGAACUUCCCCGACUAGUCUAUGUCUCAAGAGAGAAGAGGCCGGGUUAUCAACACCACAAAAAAGCUGGUGCUGAAAAUGCUUUGGUGAGAGUGUCUGCAGUUCUCACAAAUGCUCCAUACAUUCUUAAUCUUGAUUGUGACCAUUAUGUCAACAAUAGCAAGGCUGUUCGAGAGGCAAUGUGCUUUAUGAUGGAUCCACAAGUUGGUCGAGAUUUAUGCUAUGUGCAGUUUCCUCAGAGGUUUGAUGGCAUUGAUCGAAGUGAUCGAUAUGCCAACCGCAACACUGUCUUUUUUGAUGUUAACAUGAAAGGACUGGAUGGAAUCCAAGGACCAGUUUAUGUGGGGACUGGUUGUGUUUUCAAUAGGCAAGCUCUUUAUGGCUAUGGACCUCCAUCGAUGCCUAGCGUACCCAAAUCAUCCUCAUCCUGUUCUUGGUGUGGUUGCUGCUCCUGUUGCUGUCCUUCCAAGAAGCCUGCUAAAGAUCCUUCGGAGCUCUAUCGAGAUGCAAAACGAGAAGAGCUUGAUGCUGCCAUCUUUAAUCUCAGAGAGAUCGAUAAUUACGAUGAGUAUGAGAGAUCAAUGUUGAUCUCACAGAUGAGCUUUGAGAAAACAUUUGGAUUAUCUUCUGUCUUCAUCGAGUCUACGCUAAUGGAGAAUGGAGGAGUUCCCGACUCUGUCAACCCAUCAACACUCAUCAGAGAAGCAAUUCAAGUAAUUAGUUGCAGCUACGAAGAGAAGACUGAGUGGGGAAAAGAGAUUGGUUGGAUUUACGGAUCAGUUACUGAGGAUAUCUUGACGGGCUUCAAGAUGCACUGCCGAGGAUGGCGGUCAAUUUACUGCAUGCCUUUAAGGCCUGCAUUCAAAGGGUCUGCACCUAUCAAUCUGUCAGAUCGACUGCAUCAGGUUCUCCGAUGGGCACUUGGAUCUGUUGAAAUCUUCCUCAGUAGGCACUGUCCACUCUGGUAUGGAUUUGGAGGAGGGCGCCUAAAAUGGCUUCAAAGAUUGGCAUACAUUAACACCAUUGUUUACCCAUUCACAUCCCUCCCUCUCGUCGCUUAUUGCUCAAUACCAGCAAUUUGCCUUCUUACAGGAAAGUUCAUCAUACCAACGCUUUCAAACCUGGCAAGUAUGCUGUUUCUUGGGCUCUUCAUCUCUAUCAUCCUGACAAGUGUGCUUGAGCUGCGAUGGAGUGGUGUCAGCAUCGAAGACUUGUGGCGUAACGAGCAGUUUUGGGUGAUUGGAGGUGUUUCAGCUCACCUCUUCGCCGUCUUCCAGGGAUUCUUGAAAAUGUUGGCCGGUAUUGACACCAACUUCACCGUCACAGCGAAGGCAGCCGAUGAUGCAGAGUUUGGUGAACUCUACAUUGUCAAAUGGACAACACUUCUGAUCCCUCCAACAAGUCUCCUCAUUGUGAACAUGGUUGGUGUUGUAGCUGGAUUCUCCGAUGCAUUGAACAAUGGAUACGAAGCAUGGGGGCCUCUCUUUGGGAAGGUGUUCUUUGCUUUCUGGGUUAUUUUUCAUCUCUAUCCAUUCCUCAAGGGUCUCAUGGGUCGCCAAAACCGUACACCAACCAUUGUUGUGCUUUGGUCAGUGCUGUUGGCUUCUGUCUUCUCCCUUGUUUGGGUCAAGAUUGAUCCUUUUGUGACCAAAGCAGAUAGCUCAACCAUAGCUCAAACCUGCAUCUCCAUAGACUGCUAA